AUGACUGAAGCUAUCAACAGCUUGAAGUUCUUUAAGAUCCAUACAUUUCUUUGGAAGUUUCUGGGCGCAGCGCACAAGCAAACAAAAAAAUCAAAAUGGCGGAUGCCCUAUCUGGCGUUUACCAUUUCGAUGAACAUUUUGGUUACGUUUGGCUAUCCUUUUCACCUGGGCAUGUCGGUCUUUCGUAAUAACAACAUGACGGAUGACAUCAAAAAUUUGACUACCUUUGUCACCUGUGGUGCUUGUUCCAUCAAGUUCGCAUUCUAUAUCUUCAAUUAUGACAAGGUUGCUAAAAUGGAGAAACUGCUAAAGCUUCUGGAUGCGCGUGUUACUAGUGAGAAAGAGCACAUCAUAUACAAGAGUUUGGGAAAACAGCUGGUAAUGAUAUUGUUAACAUUUGUGUGCAUCUACACGCCAGUCGCAAUUUUUGCCGAGGCCGCCUUUUUGACCCAGGAGGAGCGAGGACUAAUUUAUCCGGCAUGGUUUCCCUUGGAUUGGCAUAACUCUACGUGCAAUUAUUAUAUUGCCAAUGUAUAUCAAAUCGCGGGAGUUAGCUAUCAAAUACAACAGAACUAUGUUAGUGAUUGCUAUCCGGCAGUUAUGCUCUGCCUUAUUUCGGGGAACAUUAGGAUGUUAGGUAUUCGUUUCGAGCAUUUGGGCAAGGACGAGAAUAUUUCUAUGGAUGCUCACGAAAAAGAGCUGGAGGCUUGUAUAACUGAUCAUAAGUAUUUGUUGGAGCUCUUCAAAACCAUCGAGUCCUUUAUGUCCAUGCCCAUGUUGGUGCAAUUCACGGUAACUGCCGUAAAUGUGUGCAUCAGCAUAGCUGCUCUGCUCUUCUUUGUCACAGAACCGAUGGCUAAAACAUAUUUCUUUUUCUAUGGCUUGGCCAUGCCGUUACAAAUCUUUCCCACCUGUUAUUUUGGCAUGGACGCGGAAUACCGGUUCGAUCAAAUUCACUAUGCGGCCUUCAGCUGCAAUUGGAUAACACAGAGGCGUAGCUUCAAGCAGAAGCUGAUGAUUUUUGUGGAGGGCUCGCUCAGAAAGAGCACGGCCAUGGCAGGUGGAAUGCUUCGCGUCCACAUGGAUACUUUUUUCUCAACUCUAAAAUUUGCGUAUUCACUCUUUACAGUUAUUUUGGGAAUGGGAAACUAA